UUAAAAAGGCUAGAUAUGCCGGAAUUCAAGCUCAACAAUACAAUUCGUAUGUCACGUUGAAACUCCAGAAUGUCAAAAGCACGACGGUCACAGUCAAGGGUUCAAACCCUUGUUGGGAACAGGAUUUCCUUUUCGAAACGAACGACGUAAAUACAGGAUUGUUAGUUGAGGUUUGGAGUAAAGGAAUGAUUUGGGAUCGAGCACUCGGUUACAAUUAUAUACCUCUAAGGGAUAUACAAUAUUCGAACGAGGAAGGAACCGGACAGUGGAUAUCGUUAAAUGCAGAACUCGUAAUGAGAGAUGGUGAAGUUGUUGGAACGAAAACUCCGACGGGGGAUUCAUUGCUGUUGGAUUGCAGAUUCGAAUUACCAUUCGGACGCUACGAUCCACCUUCGGGUUGGAAAUGUUUGCUUACAUCCGAUACCCAAAGAACAAGAACAAGAGGGAGAAGAAGAAGCGAACCGAGAUCUUUGGGGGAUGAUGACAACACUGAUUGGCUCCCACUCGGUCAACAGAAUCUACCUGAUCAAUGGAACUGA